AUGCGUGGCGCUUCGAUUUUUCUACUCUAUGUCGCCAGUCUGGUGUCAGGCAAUGUUCUGCCGAGACAAGCUGCCGGCGACAUCCAGAUUGGCAUUCGCCAGGCUCAGAGCAAUACAACUUCCACCGCAACUUCCACACCGCUUCCUACGUCUGUGCCUUCUGUGACCCUUACCUCUACUCCAACUAGCUCAGAAACGACGUCAACUCCAUCUCUUUCAUCAACACCUACUACCCCGAGUGGAGCGGGUACGCCCAGCGGUUCCCCUUCGACUUCAACUCCAUGUGAGAAAUGCUCUGAGAGUAGCACUGAAACUUCAACCUCAACCACAACUACAUGCGAUAAAUGCUCAGAGUGCACUGCAACCUCCACUCCAUGCGAAAUUGAAACCACUGCAACCUCCACUCCAUGCGAAACUGAAACCACUUCGAUCACCACUCCAUGCACUGAGUCUACCACGGCUCCGCCUGAGUCUACUCCGUGCGAAACUGAAUCCGAAACCAUCCUUCCGACCACCAUGACUAUUACAAUCACGACAACUACCUGUCCAGUCUCGUGGUCCUCCGUUACAAGUGGAUCGGCUGUCAUCAGCAACCCGGUGACUUUGACAAGCACUCUUACCCUGACCUCUGUUGUCACCUGUAACGAGGGGUGCCCUGUGGCAACUGCCCCAGCUGAAACUGGUGGUGUGGUUCCACCCGCCAGCUUGGCUCCUACAUCUACCUCUCCUACGUCUACCGCUCCUGCAUCUGAAAGCUCUCCGGCUGCGAGUGAGAGCUCUUCUGGUUCUGGAAGCGUAUCAGGAAGCGGUUUAGGAAGCUCUGAGGGCUCCCCUACAGUGCCUGCCGUAUCUGCUAGUAGUAGUCCUAUUUUCAAUGCCGCCUCUUCUCAGUUCCAGCAUUCCCUGGCUGGCUUCUUCCCUGGUCUUGUCAUUGCCUUGAUACUGAUCUAA